AUGUCACAACCACAAUCACAGUCACAACAGUAUGGUGAUUAUACAUUUGAGCCAACUCAAUUGUCACAGCCUUAUUUCAGUCAAACGCAAAAUAGUCAGUUUGCAGAAAGCCAAGUGGAACCACGAAGAAAGUACUGGGCGGUAUUUAUACCUACACAUUCAGAAAGGGAUAUAUUGAAAAUACCAUGGUCAAAAUCAUUCGUUCAAAUGGGAAGGGGUCCAAGACAAUUAUCGAAUAACGAUGUUAUAUUACCAGAGAAAAGAAUAUCAAAUAUUCAUUGUAGGAUAACAUUAGGUAUGCAAGGUCCGAAUAAUUCAGGUUCAUCUUCUGCAACUAUACAAGCUUGGAAAGAUGGUGAAGCGGAACCGGAAGUUUGGAUAGAAGAUCUCAAAAGUUCAAAUGGUACAUUUGUGAAUGGAGCAAAAGUAUCCAACACUCGACGUCUACUACGGCAUGGUGACGAGAUAUCACUGGGUCACUCAGGUAGUCUUGACAAUCAUGAUGUACGGUACAUUUACAGAUCAGUUGGAUCAAAAGGUGCAAAAUUGGGACAAGGAAGUAAGGACCUUGAUAUGGUUGGAGCUGUCUACGAAAGGUACCAGGUCUUGGGCAGACUCGGAAAAGGAACUUUUGCAGAAGUCAGAAAAGCUGUUGAUGUAGAAACUGGUGCCCUCAGAGCUAUCAAGCAAAUCAUAAAACAUCGAUUUGCCGGUAAUGAUAAGACUCUUGCAUUAUUUCAACGUGAAAUUGACAUCUCACGACAACUGGAGCACGAGAACAUAUGUCGCUUACUUGAAUACUAUGAAGACCCACAACAUAUAUGUUUAGUCCUUGAAUAUAUUGAUGGAGGUGAUUUGUUGGAUUAUAUAAUGAAUUAUAAAAGUGAAACAGGAGGUGGAUUGCCUGAAGAUCUCGCUGCUGAUCUGACCGUGCAGAUAUGUCGAGCCAUGGCAUAUACGGUGAGUCUAUAA